AUGAAGGAGUAUGAUGAAUGCUGGCCCAUAAGAUUCAGUGUCCGAAAAAUUUACGGUACGGGGACUGAUAGUGAUGAUAGUGAUAACGACGCUGAUAAUGAUAGUGAUAAUAGAAAUGAUCACAAAGAGCCCUCGAAUCAAUCAGUUCGUCACAAAAGACCUCGAGGUCUUGUGAUGUGUAUUAUUUGUACAACUCUUCAUAAGGUUUGUGUUGCGGUGAAUAUUCGGAAUCGUCAAAUUACGGCGAAAGUUGAUUCAAAGAGUCGAGAGGAGAGCAGCAAUUCAACGAUGAAGUACGUCUGUAAACCGUUCUGGGAAGAUGGCGGUCUUGGACUGGGCUUGCAUCGACAGGAGGCUGGGCCUUGGCAAACCAGGAUCAAAUUAUCGGGCCGAAAUAUUUUGGCAAUAUCCACACAAAUUCGUAUGAACUAUACAGAUAGACAGAAUCCUCAUCAUCAGUUGCUAUACGAUUAUGCAGUGCUGCGACGAUACACUCCCGGUAGUGAAGAGGAACUCUUAGCGAAAUAUGUUUGCAUGAAAGGAGCGGAUUCCGGGUGGUUUGUUUUAUUUGAAUAUCAAUAA